UGGUCGGCGCACGCGUGGUUCAUUUGGUACCAGGGUGUUUCUGGUGCAACAUCUCAGCUCGAAUGGUCUGUAGUCUACCGGUGGGCAUGCACGAGAGGGUGGAGAAAUGCAAGGAACAUAGCUUCGCCAUGGACACCGUCGUGAGGGAAUCGGGGAUAGACAGGGACACUUCCUGGCUGGCACACUUUGAGGAGCAGUUUAGCCAGGUGGCCGGCGAUGAUCGGAACAUCUACCUGGAGGAAUUCACCAAAGCGCUCAACGUCAAAAAGUCUUUCUUUGCCGAGCGAUUCUUCCAUCUCAUCGAUACCGACUCUUCCGGCAGUAUCAGUCUAAAGGAGCUCCUGGUGGCGCUGCGGCUGCUCGUCCACGGUACAGCCACAGACAAGCUACGCUUCCUCUUUCGCGUCUACGAUGUCGAUGGCAACGGCUCCAUUGAUUUCAGUGAGCUGCGCACGGUGCUCAAGUCCUGCACGGCAGAGAGCGCCCUCCAACUUAGCGAGGAGACGCUGGACGAACUGACCGAGGUGCUGUUUGAGGAAGCAGACACGGACUCCAGCGGCACCAUCAGCUUCGAGGAAUUACAGGUGCAGCUGGAGAAAUACCCGGAUAUCGCCGCAAACCUGACUAUAAGUGCAGCCGACUGGUUGCGUCCCCCGUCGGCAUCUCAGAAGAAGAAGUCGUCAGAACGGCGUUGCUGCGACAAGUGCUGCCCGUCCUGGUUCGGCGUGAAGAGUCUGCGCAACAACCUCUGUACCAUCAUCUUCCUUGCGGCGUACGUGGUGCUCCACAUGGGGCUGACGGUGUGGGGCGUAGUCGGGUCCUGGCGAGCCUUUCCAGACAAGCCGUGGCUGAUGGUUGCCCGAGGAGCUGGUCGAUGUCUGAGUUUCGACUGUGUGUUCGUGCUCUGUCUCAUGCUCCGUAAAUGCCUGACGCUGAUCCGCAGUACCAACGUGACCCUAGCGCUGGUCCUGAUCGACCAGCAUGUUGACUUGCAUAAAUUGGUCGGCUACGUCAUCGUGGGAUUAACCGUGGUGCAUAUUAAUGGACAUGUCUUGAAUUAUGUCGCCCUUUCCCAAGCCACCAACUACACGUUGGUAGAGUACCUGUUCACGUUGACGCCCGGCAUUGGCUGGGUGGGCGGGACCGCCAACGUCACGGGUCACGCCCUGACCGUCAUUCUUGUCAUCAUCUUCGUCUUCUCGUUCUCCUUCAUCCGUCGGAGGGGUUAUUUCCAGGUGUUUCACAUGACGCAUCAGUUCUCCAUCCUUUUCUGGAUUCUUCUGAUACUCCACGCCACCACGUUCUGGAUGUGGUUCAUCUUACCUGGCACCUUGUACGCCGUUGAGCGUUUUCUGCGACUAAAGCUGGUGCGCCGAGCCCGUGACGGGCGGACGUACAUCAAGAAAGCCGUGGUGUUACCCGCAAACGUGACCCUGCUGAUCAUCCCCAGACCUCCCAAGCUGCGCUACCAUCCAGGAGAGUAUGUCCAUAUCAACAUCCCGCAGAUAGCUAGGAAUGAGUGGCAUCCCUUCACCAUAACCAGCGCGCCUGAACAAAAAGCUUUUAUAACUCUUCACGUUCGAGCCAUUGGUAAUUGGACCAAACGUCUCCUCGCCGUCUUCAAGGAACGUCAAGACAAGGAAACAGAGUGCUACGAUAACCCGGCCACCGAGGGCAAGGAAGUGAAGACCCUAGAGGUCCUCGCGGAGGAAGGGUCAUUACGAUCCCCUCACACGUCCCCCAAGAGAAGCACCAGCGACUCCGUGGAAGGACAGGAGCUGCGAUUCUCCCUACCAGGGACGCUGACGAACGAGGACGAAAGGCAGUGUCGAAUAGAUGAUCGACAGAGAGUCGACAGUUGCAAUAACGUUGAGGAGCACGAGGUCGAUAAGAAUCGAUACUCGGACCUGAGCGAUGCCGAGAGCGGUAUCGAGACUAUCCUGCCUGUGGAGCCGACCAGGGCGAAGUCGCAAUCGGGGCCCGUGCUUCUCCCACCGAUUCACAAGAUGAGCUCGCUCAUCAGCGAAUGCUACGUUGAGGAAAGGUCAUCAUCGUCCAAAGCGACUGCUACAAAACCAGCGACCGCCACUGCUGGGCAGUCCAGAAAGGACAGUGGUGUGUCUAUCGAACAGAGACAGUUUCCUCACGGUGUGGUGAGGGAAUCCUCGGCACGCAGCGACACUGACCUAAAGGGGAGAUCCUCGGGGUUUCAGCCCCGGACGUUCGUCUCCUGGGCCCCGCGGUCACCGCCGGCGUCGCGUCGGCGAAGCAGCAGCUUUAACAGGAAGCUUACCCAACAUUCCCUGGACGUUGUCGAAACACUCCAGAAUCCCGACGAGCACACAGGCAUUGAGGUGUACAUAGACGGGCCUUACGGUGCCCCUUCGCAGCACAUCUUCGAGACAGACCACGCUGUGUUGAUCGGCGCAGGCAUCGGCAUCACGCCCUUCGCUUCCAUCCUACAGAGUAUCCACGAACGGCACAAGAUGGCGACCAAGCGAUGCAAGAAUUGCAACCAUGCCUGGCUGGAGGACACGCCAUCGCUUCUAAGACUCAAGAAGGUUGAUUUCUUCUGGAUCACGCGGCAGCAGCGAUCUUUCGAGUGGUUUCUCAGCCUCCUAAAUCACAUCGAGUUGGAGCAGGAGGAGAUGAUGUCAUCCAACCGAUUCAUCAAUAUCAAUCUGUACAUGACGGCUGCUUUAGGCAAACAUGACAUGAAGGCUAUUGGCCUGCACAUGGCUUUGGAUCUCAUCCACAAGAAGAAACGGCGGGACAUGAUCACGGGCCUGAUGACGCGCACGCAGCCCGGCCGACCCGACUGGGACCGGGUCUUCGACGACAUCGCCCGGGGCAAGCGGGGCAAAGUCACGGUGUUCUUCUGCGGCUCGCCAAGCCUCGGCGAGGUCAUCAAACGCAAGUGUCAAGAUCACGGCUUCGGCUUCCGCAAGGAAAACUUCUAAAUGAAUGCCUCCUAUAUUUCAUUGUUUGGUACUCAUUUCUUUCCCACCCUAUUUUGGGUUCCCGACCCAAUUAAAAAAACUGUUUCAUUACCGCCGACCCUGUUUGGAGCCCAAACUUCAAAGAAACAAUUUCAGGCAAUCAGGCUCUGUGUUAUUUGGAAUGAUAUGGAAACUAAUAUUCGGUUUUUAGUGAACACGGCGUGUAUCAACCAAGGCAAUCCCAGAAGAUGCGGAGGGUAUAGACCUUUAUCAUGCUGCCACCAUUUCAGUCAUGUUCCCUGUAUC